AUGUAUAAAAUAAAUAGAGGAAUAUAUGCACAUAAUGAGAAUAAAAUAUUUGAUAAAAGUUUAAAAGAAAUAUUUUAUAAUUUAUCAUUAAUUUAUUUAAUAUUAAAAUUGCAGGAGCGGUUGCAAUCAUUUGUAAUUCUCAUUAUUUUCUGCCAUUGUGUGCAAGAAUUAAAACCAAAAGUAUCCAAAGAAACGAUAAAAUCGCCAGCACAAAGAAGAGCAAUUGCAAAAAUUAGAGAGGGUGAAAUGAUUCCAGCAAAUCAGAGUGAAACAAUUGAUGAUGCAAUAAGUAAUUGGGGUGCUGUGCAAAAAGUUGAACGUAAACUACCUUUAAAAAAGAAACGUCAAAAAGUUAAAAGAAGAAAAUGA